GAAGGAGGAGGAGCGUCGUCAGUCUGGACUGGGUGCCUGGGCGGAGGCAAAGGUGGAGGCGGAUGUAGAGGCAGAGGAGAUUUGAAAGAAGCUUAAGUGAAAAUGGUACAUAUUAGAAGACAUGAAACAAGGCAAAAUUCUAAAACUCAAGAGUGUGAACAGAAAUCUCGAGUGGAUUGGAGGCGGACUAAAAGAAGUAGUCUCUCACAAUUAUGUGAUAGUGAUGAUGAGCUUGAGAGUGAUGAGGAGCUUGAUAGUGAUGAAAGUGUUGACAAUAAUGAAAGUGUUGACAGUGACGAAGAACCUGAUAGUAACAAGGGGCUUGAUAGUAAUAAGAAGCCAGAAAAUGAAAGAGAGCUUAAAUUAAUUAAAGUUGAAAGUGAAGGAAACAAUAGUAAGCAUCUCAUUAACACUGGCAACAGUUUAACAUAUGAAGAAGAAAAGAACAAAACCAAACAUGGAAGUAUUGACUUACCAGAUCAUGAAAAGCAUUCAGGUCAAGAGGAAGAUGAUCUCAACAAACACUCUGGACAAAUAACAGAGGAGGAUUUAGAAGAAGAACACAUCAAGCGAGGGAAGAGAAAAAGGAUCUCCUCUGUGAUGUACGACAGUGAUGAAAGUGACGACAGUGAUAUCCUAGUUAGAAAAGUGGGCGUUAAACAUCCACGUAGAGUGGUUGAAGAUGAAUGUUCUUCAGUGGAGAUGGAGCAAAAAGAACCUGAAAAAACUUUAGCUGCAAAAAAGCGAGAACAGCUCCAGAAACUGCAAGACCUCUCAAAACAGAGAUCUCGUCAGAGACGCAGUAGUAGUAGAGAUUUUGAGGACUCUGAAAAGAAAUCCUGCCCAAGCAGUGAUGAAAAUGAUGAUGAGGAGGGGGAGGAGGAAGAUGAUUAUGAAUAUGAUGAAGAUGGAGAUGAUUAUAUUAUUGAUGACUUUGUAGUGCAAGAUGAGGAGGGUGAUGAAGAGGAUAAAAGCCAACGAGGAGAAAAAUCGACAUCACAACUGAAAUUAGUAAAACAGAAUUCUCUUUAUUCUUUUAGUGACCACUAUACUCACUUUGAAAGAGUUGUGAAGGCUCUUCUGAUCAAUGCUCUAGAUGAAUCUUUUCUGGGAACAUUAUAUGAUGGCACCAGGCAAAAAUCAUAUGCACAAGAUAUGUUGACAUCUCUUCAUUAUUUGGAUAACCACUUUGUUCAGCCUCGUCUAGAGAACUUAGCCUCUAGAAGUCGUUGGAAAGAGCAAUAUAAGGAGCGAGUAGAAAAUUAUUCUAAUGUAAGUAUCCAUUUGAAGAAUCCUGAGGACUGUUCCUGCCAGGCUUGUGGAUUGCAUCGCCACUGUAGAUAUUCGGUGCAUUUAUCAGGAAAGUUAUAUAACACCAGGACUAUGGAAAUAGAUGAUUUCAUGUCACAUGAUAAACAGGUGUUAACUGUUGGCAGAAUUUGUGCUAAUCGUACCAGAAUUUACCAUAAACUGAAACAUUUUAAAUUCACGCUGUACCAGGAAUGUUGCUCCAUUGCAAAGACAGAAGAGGUUGAAGAUGAACAGGUUAAAGAAACAGUGGAGAGAAUUUUCAAUCAAUCAAAAGAAAGUGGCUGGAUUAAGGAGAACAGUUCUUGUGACCUGAGAGAGAAGAAGCACCUGGUGCCAAUCUGAGGAAAGGAUCUCGGCUGCCAGUUCUAAUACCACCCACAUCCUCUUCUUGAGGACAUGGGACUGAGCAGUGAGCAGUGUAACUGAAGAUCAAGGGGAAUGCAGAGGUUUCAGGCCACGGCACUGAUUUUGAUUCCCCCAUAUCCUGUUGAUCACUAAAUUUGAUAUCAGGGAUAAAGUGGGGGUUUUGAAGAGUGCACUGGAUUCCCGAAGAUCUGCUGGCAGCUCAUAAGCUCUGGUCUGCUCACAGAGCUUUUAGAAUUGUUAUGGUGCAUGGAAAGAAUGCUAAAAUGAUUGCAAUCUUCUAAAACAAGUCUAGUUACAUGACUGUAUAAGAGAGAACAGAUAAGAGAUUUUCAGGCAACUCAGAUCAACAGUAUAUUUAAUCUUUAAAAAAAAAGGCUGACUUGAGAUCCAUUGCCUGCAUUAUUUGUAUCAUAGAGAAAUUUGUAAAAGAAAAAAAUAAAAAGAGAGCUUAGAGAAUAAACUUACAAACAAAGGGAAAGAAAAUGAGAACAACAAAACAGGAACUUCUUAGGACAUUACAAGUUCCACAGAGGUCUCCUGGGCUGGUGAAUGACAUCAAGAUUGGUUUCCCUUUUGACAAUUAUCCGCCCACCACAAACCACCACCCAGUGAUCUCCUUGCCUGCCCCCCACAUCUUGACCCUUAAGUCGUCUUGCUCUCAUUUUUCUCUCUUCAGCUUUUUAUCUUUUACUUUGCUUCCACUUCUCUUACUCCCAAUUCUUUCCUCCUUAUCCUUCUCUGUGCUUUUUCAUUUUGCCUUGGGGAAGAGCCAUCACUUACCCAGUAAGUCCCAACUUCAUUUUCCUUAAUGACAUUAAAUUCUAAAGUGUUUUUAUUGAUGCAUUUAAGUGUUGCCAACCCUCUACUGGAGUUGAAAGACCUAUUGGAACACUGCAUAUUUUUUUUUUUUUUCUUUUUGCGGUAUGCGGGCCUCUCACUGUUGUGGCCUCUCCCGUUGCGGAGCACAGGCUCCGGAUGCGCAGGCCCAGCGGCCAUGGCUCACGGGCCCAGCCGCUCCGCGGCAUAUGGGAUCCUCCCAGACCGGGGCACGAACCCGUAUCCCCUGCAUCGGCAGGCGGACUCUUAACCACUGCGCCACCAGGGAGGCCCGGAAACACUGCAUUUUUUUAAAAAAUUAUGUACUAGGUGUAGCAAAAUCACUGUGCAUUACAUAUAUUAUAUAAUAAUUUUGUAUAUAGGGAAGAACAUUAAACUUCUUUCAGAAAAAAGUAAAAGCAUUUCCAAAUCACAUACCUUAGAGAAAGCUUAACAAGGUCUAUGACAACAGAAGGGACCUGGAAUAAAAAAAUAUUCUUAAGAAAAGAAAGCCAAGUAUCACAUUAUGCUUAAAGAAUAACACUUAGCAUUGGGCAUUGAAGGUAUUUCAAUAUGGUGCAUGUUUAGGACAAUGUGCACAUUUUUUUUCACAUAAAAUACCAAAGAACUUCAUUUUCUUUUUGAGAUCCUUCCUACUUAAAAAAAAUUGUCUGUAGACUUUCUCAAAAGAUUUCCUAGAAACCAAAGAAGUUUAUUAGCCAGUAUAAACCCAUAUGCAGCUUUUUGUGCUGUGAUUAAAUUUCAGGAUUUAUUAAGUACCCUGACAUUUCUCAGCAUCACUCUGCCUCCCCAUCAGUGUGUGUGUGUGUGUCUUUGAGUAUUAGCACUACAUGUGUUCUUGUGAUGCAUGGCUUCUUGGCCACAGUUAUUCUAACCCUUUCGAAUGCCUGGGCUCAGUGCUAUUAUACUUGAGUGGCCACAUCCAUGGCUCUUUCUGCUCUUAGCUCUCAAUUAUUAUGUGAACCCCUUCUUUUACCUACACAAACUAUCUGUUUCUGUCUUUCCUUCCCCAGCUUGUGUUUCACACCUUGCUUUUUUCCUUACUUGACUCUUCUUCCUCCGAGCAUUUUCCUUCCAUUAUCUCGGGAUAUCUCAGCAUUUCUUCCCAAAGACCUGCCAACUAGACUAACUUCAUUCUUCUUAUUCUUCCUCCUAACAGUUGAACUAGGAGAUCUAUUUUUAACUAAUUAUAUUAAAAGGGUAGGAGCAAUUCAAGUGAAAGAAAAGAACA